AUGUCCAAAGCGGCGGCGAAUGCGGGCAAGGCGCACGACUACAAGGCGCACUUUACACGCACACGGACCAAGUACGAUAAAGCCAAAGCACGGCAGGCGCACGUCGAGGCUACCGCGACCAAAGCGGUCGUCAAACAGCAGGCAUUGCAGGAAGAGGUCGACUUCUUGCUCGAUGCAUUAGAGGAGCUGCGCGAUAAAGGCGCGGCCGGCUCCGUACCGCUGUACCGGGGGGCGCAGCACAGAGAUGAACGUGCGCACGGCCGCGCACCUACGGAUGUGAUGCACGAGGAACCUGCACACGAAGAACCUGCACAUGAGCACUACACACAAAAAGACGUUGCUCACCAUGCUUCGCGCGACGCAGACGCAGACGCAGACGCAGUGCCUGGAGACAAGCACGAUACGCUGCACGCGACGGAGGGUGCCCCCGCUCCCCGGAUCCAAGAUAUCUCUGCGCUACUCGACCAGUCCUCCGAGAACAGCAAGCGCUCUCGCGGAGAAUCGCUUGGCCCAUCCUCUCCUGGGCACACACCAGAGGCACAAGCGCCGCCCAAGCGUCCCAAGCGCGCAUAG